AUGCCGCAUCUCACAUGCGUCUGCUACUUUCCCUGGACGAUAAAUUCUGAAGAACAUGUUGAUGCAGCCGAUCAGGAGACGGUCUCUUGGGAUCGUAGUAUUCCUGAAGAUAUAAAGAAAAAAAUACAACCUAAAGAGGUUCCAGCAGAAAGUGUUACUGUCUGGAUUGAUCCGUUAGAUGCUACACAAGAAUACACAGAGGAUCUUCGACAGUAUGUCACAACAAUGGUUUGUGUGGCUGUAAAUGGUAAACCCGUAAUAGGAGUGAUACACAAGCCUUUCUCGGCAUAUACAGCCUGGGCUAUGGUGGAUGGCGGGUCAAAUGUAAAAGCUCGUUCGUCCUACAAUGAGAAAACCCCGAGGAUUAUUGUAUCUCGCUCUCAUGCAGGAAAAGUAGAGCAGGUUGCACGGCAGACAUUUGGAAAUAAAACUGUGAUAAUCCCCGCUGGUGGAGCAGGUUAUAAAGUGCUGGCCCUCCUUGAUGUGGCUGAAAAGAAUCAAGAAGAAGCUGAUGUGUAUAUCCAUGUCACAUAUAUUAAGAAGUGGGACAUAUGUGCUGGAAAUGCUGUGUUGAGGGCAUUGGGUGGCCAUAUGACUACCCUGGCUGGUGAAGAAAUUAGUUACACUGGCUCAGAUGGCAAUGAGGGAGGACUUAUAGCCAGUAUCAACGUGAACCAUAAAGCACUGAUUGAAAAACUUCCAAAUCUGGAAAAAACAUCACGCAAAUAAACUUGGCUGGUGGAGAAGUACAAGUCAUGCUUUUGUAGUCUCCACAUGCUCUGUCUGAAGAAGCAGGUGUGAAAACCUGCAGGGAAAGAUGCACAGCAAAGCAAUUUGGUGUGGGUUUGAGGACUAUAGAGUGCAUUGGGUUGCUUGAGUGGUGUUAUUUGGGGGGGGAAAAAAAUGGAAGUAGAAAGGUGACUGCCUCACACCUCAGUUUCCGUAUCUUAUUUUUUGGACUGUUUUCAUGCAGUUCUUUUACUCAAGGUGCAUAUACAGCAUGUAUUUGGGAAUAUAGGUGAACUAAAAGGAAAGUCCAAAUUGGUUCAUAAAAUAACUUAAGUAGUUCUCACAGGAAUUUCUUGGUACCUUUUACAUCGUGUUACUGUAGUUUUAGCAGCUCCAUAAUGAAUUAGGUAGGAAAAAAGAUUGAUUUAUAUAACCAUUUGAUAACUGUAAAAAACUUAGCAGGAAAUAUAACCCUGUGUUUUAUAUCCCCUGAACAGAAAGCACAAGAAGGCUGACACAAAUUUAUAUACAGCAACAAUUUAUCUUUGAUAGAGUGGCACUCUUUCUGCUUUUUAAGAGGGAAAAAAAAAUGUUCUGUAUUAUUUUGACAUUUUCCUGAAGAUGUAAACCAGUUUAGUUCAGAUGAGUUGUGAAUAUUAGUGUUUUAUUAAUCAGUGUAAUUAUUUCCAUAUUCCUUUUUAAAAGAAGGCAAUGUUUCCUUGUAUAAUUUUUAACAAUUCUUGUCUUUGAUUUCUGUGUACAGUGUUGAAGGUGCAUGCUAGAUUUUUCUCUAACGUAGGACUUGUUCAUCAUUUGGUGUUUAUACCUACAGAAGCAGCCUUUUCCUUCGAUAUGUAUUUUUUUUCACUGGGCGAGGUCAUAUGGAAUGAGUUUGAUGGGAAUAGUGAGUUGGUUGAUUGUUUUCAUUUACAAAAUAAGAUAUAAACCAGCAAUUUUUUUAGAACCCCAGAAUGACCUUUGUCCCCUAGCUUAAGGGGCAUUUGUGUCUGUAUAAAGCUCUUGAGUCGUUCUGAAGAGUCUGUGGUUACUUGAUUUGUGGAAAUUAGCACAAUGCAUAAGACCAUUUUCCUAUAACUCUAAAUUUAGUUUAAGUAAGUUUGUAGAGUAUGUAGCAUUUGAAGUACAGGAGGGUGACAGCAUUAUUCAAUAAAGGUUUUUGAAAUUGAGUCCAGUAUACACAGAACGGAACAUAGCCCCUUUGAUAUCAAAUGACAAAUUGUUGCAUCUCUAAAAUGUGUGGACUUCUAUCUGCUGAAAAUGUAACUAUCUCUAACAUUGUCCUUUCAACCCCUCUAAAAGGACUUCAGGAAGUUAAAAUGUACGGGUUGUCUGCAUAUCAAAGGAUAAGCUUCCCAUAUCUCUUCAAGAAAGCUAAAAUUCUUAUUUAAUACAAACAUUUUCCAUUUGAAGGUUAUUCAGUAUAAGCAUAGUCUGUUUAAAGCAAAUUCAUGUUCCCCUGGUAAAUGUUCUGUGGUAAAUGUCUUAAAUUUUUCAUCUAUUGCUGUUCUGAUUAAAAACAGGGAUUCUCCCUCUACUUCAGUAGUGGUGCAUGUCAUACCACUUUUAAUACUGUUAACUUCUAGCUAGUGCUUACUGUUCCGAAGGACCUCCUCAGAUGUUACCCAGCUACAGAUACAAACUUUCAGUUAGUUUUAUUUUGUAAACUUACAGGCAAAGUAGACUGAAACUUAGUCCUGCUAGCCUUUUGGUACGGGUAGUUUUUUUGUGAUACUACUUUUUGCCCAAAUUUUUCACUAUUGCUGCUAUUCAAGAAUAGCUUUUACAUGUGUAGAUAAUAUACAAACAAAGCAACUCAGCUUCCAGUUUUUAAGUUAAAUAAACUGCUGAAUGCCACAACAAAUAAGUGAAUAUACCCUUAUUAAAAAGGGGCUAAUUUAUUUUGAAACUUGUUGAGCUUCCAAAUCUUAAUGAAGAACAAAAAUCUAGAUAUUUGUCAAGGCUUUAGUAACAUUUUACAAGAAAACUGCGCUCCCCCCCCCCCCUUUCUGGCUGCUGUGAGUGACUUAAAGCCUGAUAAAAGGGCAGCCCUUCUGUUUAUUAGUUAAACAAUAUGGGUUAAAAUUUAGAUAUGAGAAAUAGUCAUAGUAGCCUAUUAUAAAAACCUGAGUGUGUCACUAAGGGUGAAUGCACAGCAUUCAAAGAGACAAUAAGACAAAGCUCGUAGGAGAUGAUUGUUUUGCAUUCAGGUUGAAAGUGUGUGUAAUCUUUCCUCAUGGAAGUGUGACUGCUUUUAUUUUGCGUAUGACUGUCACUUCCUUGCAUAAGCUGUGGUCAGACUUGGUUUCCACAUGAGAAAUGAAGACUAGGUUAAGAUUGCAUAUCUUGAGCUUACUUGCAUCUUAGUUGAAGGUACACAGCAGUUAACAGCAGUAUUUGCCUAAUUAAUUUUUCCCUAGGAAGAUAAAGAAGGUAUAAAGAUACACUUUAGCCCCCCUUUCCAUCCUCCCAUUUGCUGGCUAAAAUAUCUCAUCUUUCACCAGGAGGACUUAAGCUUGUUGAGACCUGAUUAUAUCCUAAAGUGCUUUAUUGCACUGAAUCAUAGCACUUACUACCUUUCAGUUUUGGACUCUGUGGACCAUGCUCACUUCUGCUAAAAGGAAAGGAGGAGAUGAAACUGAGGUGCCUAGAUAAGUGCUGCUGGCACAGUCUGAGCACGUACAGCUUUUCCACAGCCGAGAUCUAAGGUGAUGCUUGGAAUCUCCCAGUCUAGCCUGAAGAGCAGCUUCUUUGAUAUGAGUAUAGUCAGGCUGCUGGUGAAUAUCAUCUUCUGGUAUUGUCAUUUUACAAUAAAUGCAACUUUUGCACAGGCCAGGAAGUAUUUAAAAGUGUUUGCUUAGUGCAUGUGUUUCCUCACUCUUGGAUAUUUGUAGGUAUAAUAUUAAUACCCAGUAUAUGCUAUUCCUUUGAUCAUGUUUACAAUGUUUUAAAACACUUUGCUGUUCUGGCUUGACUAUAUGGUUUUUUUUCUCCUGUAUGGAUGUGACUUAAAUUUGUGCCCAGAAUGCUAGGAAAUCAUAUCAUAACAUCUCACUGCAGGGCUAGAACAUUGUUCUUUGUGUUCUAGCCUCUUCCACAUAAAACCAUCAAACCACUUUUAGGGAUGGUACUUAAAACAAUAGCACAGCAUAAGUGGGUCCUACAAAAGUAUGUUUUUUCUUAAAAAAAGAAAAAACAAAAAAACAAACAAAAAACUUUCACUGUAUCAUUCUAGCUCCAAACAAGGAAAGUAAGAGAAUGUAUUGUUUUAGCUUUGGUUUUUGUUUGUGUAUUAUGAUGAAGGUGAUUGCAAGUGAAAUUAUUCUAAAGCCAUUUUUUAACAAUCGGCUAAAAAGAGUGGAUGGUAGCAUAGAUGAUACCUAGUACUGUACCAAGAAUCCUAACUUACAUUCCUUAAAUGAAUGUUUUUCUAAAUACAUUGACACGGAAAUAAAAGGAUUGAAAAUUGUACUUAAAUGAUUUCUAGUUCCACAUAUUUGCCAAACUCUUACAGAUGAAUUAAAUAAGCACGGUUUGGUCUGAUCUACAGAGCACACAAAAAUAGUGAAAAUAGUUAGCAGAGAGAGCUUGAAUAAUGAAUUUAACCAUGUAAGUGAAGCAGAGAAGUCAUCCAGUGAUAUUGUUUCAUAUAUUUACUUUUAUUUUAUCAUCGUUACAGUCGCUAGAGUAGCUCCCCUGAAGACAUAUUUUUCUGAUUUGCUUCAGAUUUGAGAAGGCUUUUUUUUGGUUGAUUUGUUCUCCUUUUAAUGGUCAGUGGUUGAAGAUCAGAAAUAUGAAGGGGAGUCUUCACUGGAGUUCAUAUCUGCUUAUUUAUAGAUUGUUCUCAUUAAUUGAGAACAUCCGAUCUCCCAACAUCUUUGCAAUCCUAUUAUAUCUGUUGGAGUUAAACAACAGCACUAUAAUACUCCUGGUUUAACAGGAGUAUUAAACAGUCUGCACCCCCUGGAGUAAUGCAAUGAGAAGUGGCUAAGUAUUAAGCUGAGCCUGUUGUGCGUUACACCAGCCGAGGCUUUGUCACAGGGGUGUAGUUCCAGUUGCAAUUUCUGUGAUGGCAAAACUGUUUUUAUAGGGUACUGUCCCCCUAGUUAUGCCCUACCUCUUCGUGAGUCUAUUUUCUAAGUAAACCAGAAAAUUGGAGAGGGAAGAAGCAGGCAGCUGUGCUAGAGAACUUGUAGGAGAGAGCAUUUCCAUUUCUUGCUGUAAAUUUCAUUGUUAGUAUUUCUCUUUUGCUUCAGAGUUUAAAUAACCAUACAGUUAAGAUUUAACUAACCAUAGAUAAAUACCUCCAUGCUUUUUAAACUCUAGCAGGAUGGGAGGGAAGAAUGCCUCCAGCCAAGGAAAGCCUGAAUGGCUUCCUUUCAGGCUGAGUCUUCCUCAGUGCUUUAUUGUUAUAGAGAUUUAGGACUUUUCAUAAUUGUAAAUUUGACAUUGCCAAAGUCCCAUUCAUAACUUAUCUUCUGACCUACCAUCCUGAGUGAUAAAACUACUCUAUAUCCAGUUCAUUUUGAUUUAACUUGCUGAGACAAGAUUGCAUUAACUCUGAGGACUCAUAAAGAUUGCUUGACUUUUGAACUACAUCUUCUAUAUGGCAGCUGUUAUAAUGAAGUGGUAGCACCUGCUGGAAGUGUGUUUCCCCCCUUGCAGGUAGCUAAUGUCAUUCACAGUUCAUAUCGAGAGACUGUUGAAGCCCUAAACUUCAUGGUUUUCAGGUGUCAUGCUAGCUUUUUCAGCUUCUCUGAGUUUCCCUCUGGGGUUCUUAUCUCUGGAGCCAGCAAUUGGUAGCCACUUUUUUCUUUGCUGUUCCUCAUUCUCCUAUUGCUUCCUGAUCCUUGCUCCUUUUUUAUUCCAUGUGAGCAAGAAAAAGGAGAGCUCAGAGGUGGAAACAGUCCAAGAAAUAAAGGAUCAAGGCAGCAAACUACCCAGUCCACUUUAUCCUAAAACAGUUAAUGUUUUAAACCAAGGUCUAAGGUGUUGAUCCUACCAAAAAUGUGAUAGAUUACAAUAAAAUAAAUGCCGCUUAAAGUUUUAUGUGAUUGUUGGUGUAAUAAUGCUGAACAUCCAGAAAAGAUGCAGGUAGACUUAGGGGGUACAAGUUGAAUUAUCUUAAAAGGGAGGAGAAGAGAACAGCUUUUCAGUGUUCUGUUACAAGCAUUUGUCACUUCUGUCCUUCCAAGUACAGAGCUUUGCUCGUGAAAGAGGCUCCACUGGCUCAAUGUAAAAUGCCUGAUUUUAUUGAAGGCAGUAGCAGAAUUCCCACCUCUUUCAGUGUGAGCAGAAGUAAGCACAGUAAAGAACAAACAGUAAGUUAAGUUCUAAAGAGCUCAACUUCUGCCAACAGUGCAAACAACCUGUGCUAUGUCACACUUAACUCUUGUGGCUUAUUUCAGUCUGCAUUACUAGAGGACCUGGAAACAUUAUCAUCUGACCAUCUCAGCACUCUAAAUCUUCACUCCCUACCCCUGCCAGUCCUUGCAAAUAAACUUGUUUUCAGCCCUGACUGUUCCUUUUUUGUAAUUCUUGUUUCUUUUCCCCACAAAGGGCCAGCAACACUCUGGCCUUUUUCCUGUUAUCCCAGCAAAUUGUAUUAGCAUUUUCCAGUUGUGUGCCAAAUUGAAAUAAUUCUAUAAAUAAACUCUCUGGGAAAUGUU